GCUAUCCCACAAUCCAUCUCCAUCCCGCAUCUUUGCAUUAUUUCCAAUUUAUUUUCUGUCAGGGGCUCUGAUGAAGAUAUUUUUCUCUGGAGUCUCCGUCUUUCCGCUCCAGAUGUGACCGACUAUGUCUCGCGCGCAAGCAAGGCAACCCUCAGCAUUUAAGUAAAAGGGAAUUUUCGCCAGAGGCUAACCAUGUGGAGGCAGCGAGCACGGACGAGGAGGAUGCGUCCAUGGCGGGCCCCGCUGGCGGAGACCAUGACCUGCUGACCUGCGGCCAGUGCCAGGCUCACUUCCCGCUGGCUGACAUCCUCAUCUUCAUCGAGCACAAGAAGAAGCAGUGCAGCGCGGCGGCCGGCUGCUUUGACAAGGCAGUGGAUAAACGCAGUCCCUCGCCUCCUCACCCGGAGCCCAGGAGGGUGUCUGAACCCGUAGAGAUUGGCAUCCAAGUCACCCCCGAGGAAGAUGACCGGCUGCUAACACCCACGAAAGGAAUUUGCCCCAAGCAGGAAAACCUUGCUGGAGGCAAAGAUGAGCCUUCGAGCUACAUUUGCACAACAUGCAAGCAGCCCUUCACGAGCGCCUGGUUCCUGCUCCAACACGCACAGAACACGCACGGAUUCCGCAUUUACCUGGAGACGCACCCGUCCAACAGCCCCCUCACCCCUCGGAUUGGCCUUCCCCCCUCCCUGGGCCCGGACCCCAUCUCGCAGUCGCCUCUCACCAGCUUCCUGGGCGAGAACAACCCCUUCAGCCUGCUGCGGAUGACAGGCCCCAUCCUCCAGGAGCACCCAGGCUUCGGCGACGGGCGCCUCCCCAGCACCCCUCCCAUCUUUAGCCCGCCUCCUCGGCACCACCUAGACCCCCAUCGCUUGGACCGCCUUAGUGCCGACGAGAUGGGCUUGGUAUCUCAGCAUCACAGUGCCUUCGACAGAGUAAUGCGCUUAAACCACCCACUGGGCAUGGAGUCCCAGACCAUGGACUUCUCCAGGAGACUCCGGGAGCUGGCGGGUAACAGCAGUUCUACUCCUCCUCUCUCGCCCAGCCGGCACAAUCCUAUGCACCGUCUGCUGCAGCCCUUCCAGCCCAGCCCCAAGUCGCCCUUCCUGAGCACGCCCCCGCUGCCCCCCAUGCCACCAAGCAGCACCACGCCGCCUCAGUCGCAGGCCAAGACCAAGUCCUGCGAGUUCUGCGGCAAGACCUUCAAGUUCCAGAGCAACCUGAUCGUCCACCGGCGCAGCCACACGGGGGAGAAGCCCUACAAGUGCCAGCUGUGCGACCACGCCUGCUCGCAGGCCAGCAAGCUGAAGCGGCACAUGAAGACGCACCUGCACAAGGGGGCCUCGGUGACGGGCCGGUCAGACGACGGGCUGUCCGCCACCAGCUCCCCCGAGCCCGGCACCAGCGAGCACCCCGCCGGCGAAGGCUGCGGGCUCAAGGGCGGGGGAGCCGCCAACUUCGGCGCCGGCCUGCUGAACGAGAACGAGGAGGAGGAGGAGGAGGAAGAGGAGGAGGAGGAGGAAGAGCUGGAAAACGAGAGCCGGCCCGAGUCCAGCUUCAGCAUGGACUCCGAGCUGAGCCGCAACCGGGAGAACGGCUUCAAGCUGCCCAUCAACGAGAAGCACUGCGUCCUGGGCAAGGUCAUGGAGAACGUGGGGCUGCGAGCCAUCCAGCACUAUGGGGACGUGCUGGCCGACAAGCAGAAGCGCAACACCUUCUCCAAACGCUCAUCCGACGGCCAGAGGGACACCGGGGACGAGGACUCGGUGGCCGGCGAGCUGGACCGUCCGGAAGACGGGACGGUGAACGGCCGCAGCUUCGGGCCCGGGGAGGCCUUCCCCAUCAUGAUGCCUCGGAAACCCCCCUUGAUCACCAGCCCCUCUCCGUCCGUCGCCUCCUCGAAGAGAAUCAAGAUGGAGAAGGACCUGGACCUGCCCUCGGGGCCUUUAAUCCCUUCCGAGAAUGUUUACUCGCAGUGGCUAGUGGGCUACGCGGCGUCCAGGCACUUCAUGAAAGACCCUUUCCUGGGCUUCGGUGACUCCAGACAAUCCCCCUUCGCCACUUCUUCAGAGCACUCGUCGGAGAACGGCAGCCUGAGAUUCUCCACCCCGCCCGGGGACAUGCUGGACGGAGGUCUAUCGGGGCGCAGCGGCACCGCCAGCAGCGGCAGCACCCCUCACAUGGGAGGUCCCGGCCCGGGGCGGCCAAGCUCCAAGGAAGGACGCCGGAGCGACACUUGCGAGUACUGCGGCAAAGUGUUCAAAAACUGCAGCAACUUGACAGUCCACCGCAGGAGCCACACGGGCGAACGGCCUUACAAAUGCGAGCUCUGCAACUAUGCAUGCGCCCAGAGCAGCAAGCUGACGCGUCACAUGAAAACGCACGGCCAGAUUGGCAAGGAGGUUUACAGGUGCGACAUUUGUCAAAUGCCCUUCAGCGUUUACAGCACCCUUGAGAAACACAUGAAAAAAUGGCACGGAGAACACUUACUGACAAGCGACGUUAAAAUCGAACAAGCAGAAAGAAGCUAAAGCUCCUUGAAGUAAAAGAGACUUGGUUUUAAAACAAAAAAAAACACACACAAAAAAAAAUUCAAUUGUAAAGCUUAAUUAAUUGCUAACUGAGAAAGUCGGCCCAGAGUGCCUCCUGUGGCACUUAAUUUUCAAGGUAUAAUUUCUGUCUGAGAUGCUCAAUCAAACCUGAGGGUGAUGUAGAGGCAGUAAAAUAAUGUUGAGCCUUUUCCACUGUGCAAUAAUUUCUGUAUUUAUUGUUUUUUUAAAUAUUUUUUCAAGCAUCAUGUGCAGGUACAAUUUUUCUUUUAUUUUUUCGUUGUUUGAAACUUUUGUUUUACUUAGGGUAUCCCUUUUGAUUUUACCCUCUUUUUUUUAUUUAGAAAGAAACGGAAACCUGAGAUUACUUGCAUUUUGAGGUGCAGAUCCAUCGAAAUAACCCUUCUCUGGGGCCGCUGCUUAUUUGGAACCGAAUAGUUAACACAGUAAUUUCUUGGAUAGAAGCCGCCUUUGUUGAUUUCCUUUAAUUUCUUUGCCAUCGGUGUCAAGGAGGGGGUUGGUUGGGGUGAGGCAGAUUGGAUUUUGCACAAAAAACAUUUUUUUAAAAAAAAUUGUGUUUUAAGGAGAAAGGGAGAGCCACAGCGGAUCACAAUCCUAAUCAUAGCACUUAACUCAUUUUUUUUAAUAUCACAAACUGGGUUCGAAAUGUAGCACUGAUCUUAAAAGCCACUGGAAUCUGGAACUGCCGUUGUCAAUUUUCGUCACUGACCCCCACCCUCCCCCUGGCUAAAACUAAUAUAGUUUAUGACAAGUAAAGAAAGAAAGGUCAGGCAGAUGAGAGAGGCAAUUUACUAUCCAGUGCCCAGUGAUACCGGCCAGAAAUUUAACCUAAGCAAUAACGAUCUUUUAGUUUGUGUUACUAAUUAGUGAGUAAAAUGCACAGCAAAAGUGAACCAAGCAAAAUCAGAAGUGCAUUAUUGCCAACGCCUACCAAAACAUCUGUGCUUGAUUGUAUGCGAUAUGCAUUAUUGCUGAAAUGCACAGGUAUUUUGCCAACAGGAGUGGAUGGUCUAUGGCCAUUGUGUUUUAAAGAGCUAAAUUUGUACCUGAGAUAUUUCCUUUUUUUGAACCCGCACCUUAACAUAUUUGUUUUUUUAAUUAUAGAAACUGCGACUUCUGAACAAGAAAAACUAUGGGAAUUCUAUGGUCCAAAAAGGGUUAUCAUAUACAUUAGGGAACAACUGAGAUUAAAGUGUCAGUGUUGCUUAGCGUAGCAUUCACAAUGCUGGCACUAUAUUAAAAAAAAGUUAAUGUCAUUUGACAGUUUUUAUACUGCCAUUCGAUUUGACAUGAGUGCCUUGAAUACUUGAUCUUCCUAAUGAGUCUCUGAGACAAAUGCAAAACCACUUUUUGUGAAGUUUAAAAAAAAGUGCUGAUUUGAAGAAGAGAGGAAAAAAAAUCACACAAGAGAAAGAUGUACGUCAUUAGAUUCUAGAGUUCUCCACGCACCAACAAUCCAGAAUUUAUAGACAAACAAAAUAAAGCAAUCAGCGGACCUUCACGCCAGUCGCUACAAGUUGGUGAAGAUGUGACAACAUUCCUAAUCCCCAGUUAACCCAGCCCCCACCCCACCC